AUGAUAAAUAUUGAUAAAUCAUCAUUACUACUUCCAACUAUUGAUAUGUUUCAAUCUUAUAUUCCUCUAACAUCUACACCAAAACGUUCAACUAAAUCUUCGUAUUCUCAACCAUUAUCAUCAACAUUAUCAACAUCACAUAGUUCUUCCAAGCAAAUGGAUUUAUCAAUUUCAGCAAUUACUUUAAUUAAAAAAUCAUUAGUGCCUUGUAAAAAACGUCGUCAUUCAUAUUUUCGACGACGACAAACUCAUAUCCAUUCAUCGACAAUUAAUAAACGUAUUGAACUCAAACAUUUAUUAUAUUCAACACGAGCAAUGAAAUAUCAAAAUGAUGAUAAACAACAUCAUUAUACAAAAAAUGAAUUGAAAAUUUAUAUUGUAUAA